CAGUUCCCUCUGGUUGUUUGACAUUAUUAUUCCCAUUUUGUUUGUUUAUUUCUUCUUCUUUUCUUUUUUCUCAACUCUUCCGUGUCGGUCAUUUUUGUCUUUCCCAUAAUAAUACUCUACCUUUCCGUCCAAAACUCAGCCACCACUUUAGCUUUCUCUUCUUCUUCUUCUUCUUCUUCAUCUUCAUCUUCCCUUGUCUCAGAUAUACGAUUUUGGCUACCAUGUCUUUCAGAUGGAUCAGCCGGCCAAAUGCUUCGUGCGGCAUGGGUGGUGCUGAUCACACCAAAAACACUUUUUUGGAAUUGAAGAGGAAGAAGGUUCACCGUUAUGUGAUUUUUAAGGUUGAUGAGAGUAAAAGGGAGGUCGUGGUUGAGAAGACGGGUGGUCCGGCUGAGAGCUAUGAUGAUUUCACUGCAGCUUUGCCUGAGAAUGAUUGCCGAUAUGCUGUAUAUGAUUAUGAUUUUGUGACUUCUGAUAACUGUCAAAAGAGCAAGAUAUUCUUCAUUGCAUGGUCUCCUUCAUCCUCUCGAAUCCGUGCCAAGAUGCUCUAUGCCACAUCUAGAGAGAGGUUUAGACGGGAGCUGGAUGGUGUCCACUAUGAUAUUCAGGCCACUGACCCCACAGAGAUGGAUCUUGAAGUGAUUAAAGACCGAGCACAUUGAAUGGUCUCCACUGUUCCAAGUUUUCUUCCUAUGGGAAAAGAUCUGCAACCUUUGCCAACUUGUGAACUAGUUAUCCCUGAGCAGAUCCCAUUUCCGGCACAAGAUGGUGUUGCAUAAUCCUUGAAUAAACUGACAUCUGUGAGGUGCAUAAGUUUUAGGCUAAUAUUAUCUUGUAACUGAGAAAGUCAAUCUCCUUUCUGAUUGCCAAUUCUCUGGUGAAGAUGAGUUUGUAAAGGGGUAUUUAGAAACUAUUGAUAUAAGCCAUCAUAUAUAAUUGGCCUUGAAAGGAUUUCGUGUAAGAGGAUAUUUUGAAACUCCUAAUGUGUAUCAGAACAAAAUUUCGAACAGGAGAUGUAUGUGAAACAGCAAAUUGAUCUUA